GCCCCCGAGUGCCCGCGCGGCCCGGCGUCUCUGCCGCCCCAAGUUCGCCCGCGGCCGCACGAGCGCCAACCCGUCUCGUACUUGGCGUCCGGCGAGCAGUAAUAGAACCCCACCUCUAGUUUUAGCCUACCAGAGGGACACCCAGCUAUGGACCACAUUUCCCAGCCUCUCUUGAAUCCAGCCUUGUUCAAUAGCCAAAUUAUAGAAGUAGCCAGAAUGUCCAUCAAUACAUGAAUGGAUAAAGAAGAUACGGUACACACUUUUAUUCAACAUAGUACUGGAAGUCCUAGCCACAGCAAUCAGACAACAAAAAGAAGUAAAAGGGAUCCAAAUCAGUAAAGAAGAACUAAAACUUUCACAAUUUGCAAAUGAUGUGGUACUGUAUGUAGAAAACCCUAAAGACUCCACCAAAAGACUAUUAGAACUGAUAAAUGAAUUCAGUAAAGUCACAGGAUACAAAAUCAAUGUACAGAAAUCUGUUGCAUUCCUAUACACUAAUAUGAAGCAGCAGAAAGAGAAAUUAAGAAACCAAUCCCAUUUACACUUGCACCCAAAAUAAUAAAAUACCCAGAAAUAAAUGAAGGAGAUGAAAGUACUGUACUCAGAAAACUAUAAAACACUGAUGAAAGAAGUUGAAGAUGACACAAAGAAAUGGAAAGAUAUUCCAUGCUCAUGGAUUGGAAGAACAAAUGCUGUUAAAAUGUUUAUACUACCCAAAGCAGUCUACACAUUUAAUGCAUUCCCUAUCGAAAUAUGAACAGCAGUUUUCACAGAACUAGAACUAACAAUCUUAAAAGACCCUGAAUAGCCAAAGAAAUCUUGAAAAAGGAAAAGAAAACUGGAGGUAUCACAAUUCCGUACUUCAAGUUAUAUUACAAAGCUGUAGUAACUGAAACAGUAUGGUCCUGGCAUAAAAAUACACACAUAGAUCAAUGGAACAGAAUAGAAAACCCAAAAAUAAAACCAUAAUUAUAUGGUCGGUUAGUCUUCAACAGAGGAGGAAAGAAUAUGCAAUGGGAACAAGUGGUGUUGGGAACACUGGACAGCAACAUGCAAAAGAAUGAAACUGGACCAUUUUCUUGCACCACACACAAAAAUAAAUUCAAAAUAUAUUAAAGACCUACCUGUGAAACCUGAAACCUUAACAAUCCUAGAAGGGAGCACAGGCAGUAAUGUCUCUGAUGUAGACUGUAGCAACAUUUUUCUAGACAUGUCUCCUGAGGCAAGAGAAAUAAAAGCAAAAAUAAACUACUGGGACUACAUCAAAAUAAAAAGCUCUGCCCAGUGAAGGAAACAAUCAACAAAACAAAAAAGCAACCUACUGAAUGGGAAAAGAUAUUCGCCAAUGACAUAGCUGAUAAAGGAUCAUCCCCUGUAGUAGCUUCCUACAAAAGAUACACAAGGGGCCAUUAUUGUGGUUUGGCCGCUGAGCAGUGGGAGUAUGAAAAUGUCUACCUGGAUGAAGGAGAGAAGCUUUCAGAGUGAUCUCGGAAUUGCCUCCAUAAACAAGAGUGGCCCAAAGCAGAGCAGAGGAACCAGCUGAAGGUUCGUGGUUGAGUUCCAAGGUGUAAAGCUCUGAAGGAAAUGGAUUUUAUUAAAACUUCUAACUCAGACUGUUAUUGCUACAAUCAAAAUUCCCAAGUGGAGUGGAAAUACAUGUGGUCAACUAUACAGGUGAAAAUUACCAGUUCAGGCCUGCUCAAUAUUGUAUAUAUCACAGAAAGACGUAAUUGUCAGUAUCCAGAAACCGUUCUAUCUUUUAUCAAAUGUAUGAUUCAUAAUUUUUGGACACCAAAGGAGUCUAAUGAAAUAACCAUAAUCAUCAAUCCAUAUGGAGAGACCAUGUGCUUUUCUGUGAAGCCUGUGAGGAAGAUAUUUGUCUAUACAAUUAGUGUGAAUCGAAACAUUGUAGAUUUCAAACUCUUCCUUGUGUUUGUGGCAGGCAUUUUCCUCUUCUUUUAUGCAAAGACAUUGAGUCAAAGUCCUAUUUUCUUUUACUCUUCUGGGACCGUGCUAGGUGUUCUAAUGACCUUAGUCUUUGUCCUGCUGCUGGUGAAAAGGUUUAUUCCUAAGUAUAGCACCUUUGGGGCUCUAAUGGUUGGUUGUUGGUUUGCUUCAGUUUAUUUUGUGUGCCGAUUGAUGGAGGAUCUGAAGUGGCAAUGGCAUGAAAACAGAAUAUAUAUAUUAGGCUAUGUCCUAACGGUGGGAUUUCUCAGCUUUGCUCUUUGUUAUAAACACGGACCCCUUGUUGACGAAAGGAAUGUAAAUCUUCUGACGUGGACACUGCGGCUCCUCGCCCUGCUCCUGAUCUAUUGUGGGGUCACCGUGCCCCAGUACUCAUAUGCACUUAUGAUCCUCAUCCUGUCCUCCAGGAGUCUGCACUACCCAUUGAAAGCAUUCAGUUAUAUGAGGUGGAAAAUGAAGAAAUGGUUUACAUCAGAAAAGCUGGUGGUUAAGUAUCUUACUGAAGACGAGUACAGGGAACAGGCGGAUAUGGAAACGAACAGUGCCCUGGAGGGGCUGCGCCACGCCUGCCGCAGGCCUGACUUCCCCGCGUGGUUGGUCGUCUCCAGACUCCAGGCUCCCAACAAAUUUGCAGACUUUGUUCUUGGAGGAAGCCACUUGUCACCUGAAGAAAUUAGUCUUCAUGAAGAGCAAUAUGGCUUUGGGGGUGCCUUCUUGGAAGAGCAGCUGUUUAACCUGAGGACUGCCUGAUGACCGCCUGUACAUUGACUUCAUUCUGGACAAGGAAAUGGGUUAAGGGCAAGGGUCCUAUUAACAUUGGGCAGAACUCUUCUAGGGAACAGUGGCAAAAGCAUUUACUAUGGGAAGGAGUCAUACUGGAAAGGAAAACUAAACUAUAUUGAAGAUAACUUUUCAUUCUUUGUGAGUUCUGCUACUUAUUGUACUAUAGGUAGCCAUCAAGGUUCUGUGAGAGUCAUUACCACUUUCCUUGAAUGAAGAUUUUCAUUAGGAACAGGGGAAUCAUGUUGAUCUUCAAGGAGCCAGUUAACACAAACAUCUGCCUUGUCAACACCAGGACAUUAAAUCUUCUCUUAACCCUCAGAACUUGUGUCAAAAGACGAUAUUGCUCUUCCUACAUGUUAUCAGUAUAAUUGCUGGAAGAGAUCUGAGAUACGCUGGACCAGUGUAUCCAAAGUAUAAUCCCCAGGAUGCUAAUAAGUGCUAGUCAGUAAAGGGAUUCUGAGGUCAUCUAAGAUUGAGACAAAGUUAAACAAAUGUACUGUAGGACUUCUCAGAGCCGUUAAUAAUACUAAUGCACAUUGUGAAUCUCCUAAAGAGAAAUUGUAUGCAGCAGUUUCUGACUUAAUUUGACCACAGAACCCUUUUUCAUGAGAUUAAUACUCCUUAGAACAAUUUGGAAAAUACUAAUGAUGGCAGAAUUGAGGUUUGGGGAGGUUAAAUAACUUGUCCAUAACUACGAAGCUAUUAGAGGCUGCACUGGGACUAGAACUCCAAUCCUAGUGUUUCCUACAACUCAGGGUUGUAGGAAACAACCUUCAGAGGUGAGCCCAGAGGCCAUCUCCCGACAGCCUUGGGUUUCACCAUAUUGGUGACUUUUUUAUUUUUUAAUAAUGGACAAUUAGCUAUUUGAUAACUAUGAUAGAGAAGCAUUUCCUAAGGUUAUAUUUUAAAGCUUGAUAAGAUUUUUAUAGACAUGUAUAAAAAUUAGAAAUGAGAAUUCUGUAGUUUUUUGUAUGUUGAAAUUGAAGACAUUUAACUUUUUGUGACAUUUUGAGUUGACUCGUCCAUUUUUUAAAAUUGAGUUAUAUAUAUUUGUAACAGUUUCCUACAAAACAGAUUUGUGAUCUUUCUUCAGAGAACAUAUCCUUUUUUUCUUAAUUCUCCAGAGUGAAAUGAGGGACUGACUAUGAACACUGACCCUGGGGAAAGAAGGCCAAACAUAAAAGCUGAGAAAAGAUGUGAACACAGCAAAACAAUCCAAGGGUUAAGAUGUGCUAAAUUGAUUCACUUUAAGAAACAUAAACAUAAAGAAAAAAUAGUCUUUUUUUGCUGUGGUGGGUGUUUUAUGCCUCUAUUCUUUAAGAAUGAGGACUCUCCUUUUACUAGAAGAAAGGAUACAGAGGAAGGACACAUAGAGAAUUUAGGAGCUGCUUUCCUGAGCCAAGUUCAGUAGAGUGUUUCUGAAUUGUUGAAUAAGAGCAUGGUUACCGUUUGGAACUUUCUAUGUUGAUUUUCACAUGAUAUUUCCUCUUUGAAACGGUGUGUCAGUGUUUUACAAGUUUCUCUUUUGGCUAGGUACCUUUUAAUAUUAGGAGCUUUGCAAUUUUUUGUGAAAUGCAUGAAAUUCAAUCUGUGCUUUCACAUAGACUGAUUUCAAAUACCAAAGAAUCUUCCAUUCACAUUUAUGAUGAUUGUGAUGAUGAUGUUUUGUAAGUAUAAAUGGUUCUAAUGUCACUUUGUUACAGUUUAAUCUGAUUUUUUAAUAAUUAAAUUUAUUGCUGAUAUAAAUGUAUCAGAUGUGUUAAUGCUUGUGCUCACCACAUUCACCUCCCAGGAGGUGGUUUUUGACAGAAUGUGUGAAUAACAUGUGAUCAGUCAGCUGGAGUUCCCAGGGGCUGUCCCAGCCAGACCCCCUAGGGCUUACCUAUGCCAGGUUGAAGAGGUGCUGACUGCAGAAGGAAGCAGCACCUCAUGGGUCAAGCUAACCAUCACAAUGAAAGCAAAAAAACAAGAUUGUUCCGGGAUACUGUUUUUCAUGUUUAUUUUUAGAGGAAAUCAUGGAUUUGUCAGUUUCUGUUAUGUGAGAACUGUGAGAAGCUGAACAAUUACAAGCAUUACUUGUGAUACAUUUGGUGUGUUUCUGUUGUGUUCAUUUGAUUUGGGGUUUAUUAUAGAGCUUUAUUACAGUUCUAAUCCCCAUGAUGACUCCCAUAGGAGAUCUUUUUUCUCUUCUUCCCCCUCUUCCUUUAUCUUUUUCUCCCCCUUCCCCCCCGUUAUUUAUUUAAAGGCCUUUCAACUGUGUAAAUGAUCAUUCAGUAAAAUGGCUCUGCCCUUCACAGGUGGUUGAAAGUUGGCCUCGUGCUUCCUAUCGCCAUAGGUGUGCAAUUAUAGAGCAUAGCUGAACCCUUUGUGUUACUGCCUAUGCAAGAUGCCUCAUAAAAGCUCACUGUUGUUAGCAAGUGGGGACUAUUUGACACUAAAAUGUGUGGGUGAGAUUUAGCGUAGGUGGCCAUGCUUAAUUGUAUCAUUCAAAUGUUAUUUUUAAAGGUUUUAAAACACAUUUUAUGUAUCACAAAAAAUGCUUUGUGAAUUGGUUGUACAAUUUGCCAAUAAUACUAAGGGCUGAAUUAGAGGGGAGUGUCCAUCUGAUGUUUAGGAUAAUAUUUGAAUUUAUGACCUUUUUUUUUAAUCUAGAAAUUUCAGAUUUUAAGAGGCUUGGAAUAGAUGAUGGAUGAUCAAUAUAUCUAAACAUGUGGGUGAACUAAGACCCCUGCAGUUGUGUCAGGAAAAGAAAAAGGAUUAUUCUGUGUGUGAUUAUUUCCCAGUUAGAGAAGUAGAAUUUUUAAAAUCAGCUUUUUUGGUCCAGCUGUUAUGCAUAGAUAAUGGAUGUAGCAUUUUAAAGAAGCCUGCCGUAAGACAGAGGUGUUUGUAGGUGACCCCAGGAGUAAGCUGCCUUUGAGAGACCCCCCAGUAGGUGAUAGGACAUUGAUGAAUUAACCACGUGGGUGUGAAUUUUGACCUUAUUGAUCAGAACCCUGAUUUUUGUCAUUGCAAUUAGCCAAUUCAUAUAGUCUAUUUAGUGAUUCACAGCCAAAAAUAAAACCAGCAUAAGGAUUAAAAACACUUGAAUUGCUAAAACCAGCAGAUUCUCUCCCAGAAGACCCCUAUGAGGGGUCAAAUGGUGGUAAGAAGGUUGCUUGAGCAGAAAGAGAACAAAGGAAGUUUGUUAUAUAAUUCACAUGUUUAAUGUCACCAGACCAAAGUCUAAUGCAACCACCUCAGUGGGGCUACUGUUGCUAAUGUGAUGAGGUACUCAAUCUAUUGGCAAAGACCACCCUUCCUUUAUGUAGGCCCUACCAGCUUUUCCUUUCUGUGAUUGUUUUUGUAAUUUUUUUGUCAUUGACCAGCCAUUCAGAUAUGUUGUUAAAAUCUGCAGUCUUUCUCUGGCCUACGAGUCUAGUUACCUUUUUCAGGUAACUAGAUGCUUAUUUUUGCUAUGACCCCUGAAUGUGAUACCUUAAUAGGUCACCGGAGAUUUGGGUUGAGUGUGUAUCUACUAGGAUAAAUCUUGGAAAACACAUUCAGUCGGGUAGCUGCUUUUUGUUUCUUUUUAAGUUGUUUGGGGGAAUCUGUUUACUUUUUAGAUUUGGUCCAUUUUCCAGCAAGGCAGUAAUCAAAAGGAGAAAGGGGAGGAGUACCAGGAUUUAUUAGCCAUCUAUCAAGUGCUAUACUAGGCCCUUUCUAUGCCUCUUCAUUUGGACUUCUAAUCACUGUUUAGCAUUGUUUCCAUUUUUCAACUGAGGACAGAUUCAGAGAAGGUUGCUAGAGGACAUAGUAGCUGAAGUGGUAGAAUGAGAAUGUGAGCCUUAGUGUGUCAGGGCCUGGGCCUUUGUGUUGCCUUUACUGCCAUCUUUAAAAAGCUGAGUUAGUCGAGUAAGUGACUCCAUGGCUAAUCAGCUGAAGAGAUGACUACAUCUGAUGUUAGGCGCGUGCCAGCUCUGGGGCAAUGGACCGAUUCUCCUGCCUUCCAUCAACCACAAACCAGUACUUUUGUACACUAAAAAUAAAUGAGAAUUAAGUUGAGUAGCACUGAUCGACAUGUUCUUUUUCGAGACCCCCAUUGAUCUUUUCAGAGAACAAGAAGUUCCUGACCUUUUCAAAAUACAAGUUUACAGUUGAAGAGAAUAAUAUCCUCAGCUGACUAUUUGGCAAAGAACAGGGUAUGUAACUUGUUAAGUGCUUAUAAAAUUCUUGCUUACAUUUUUUGACACCCCUUAGAAGAAAAAGAAAUACUGAAACUGUAGAACAAAUGUCUUAUAACCCCUCCUAUCUAUGGCUCUUGCACACUAUAGAAUUGCCUUUGUUACUUGUUAUUUUCCCCAGCUCUUCAAUUUAUAUUUUGCUUAAUUCUGUCUCUUAACUAAGAUCUGCAAGCAACUUAAUGAUUAUAAUGCAUGUUGGAACUGAAUGCUUGCUGGGUGUAGGCAAACAUUUGAACAUAGCACUGUAGUUUGGGAGAAUGUAGUAUUACAGAUUUAAAUGUUAACAAACUAGUAAGAGAGCUAGGCCCUAGUUGGGGAAAUGAGACCGCACUCCUCUUGCCAUGGGCUGUGUGUCCCACAAUGAUGGCAGUAUUUAUACUGUGCGCUGUGUGUCAAGAACCUUAUUUAAACCUCAGAACCACCUGUGAGGUAGAUACUGUAAUCACUGUAAUUUUACAGAGGAGGGCUCUGAGGCGCAGAGAAGUUAUGUAUGUAAGUUCUCAAUGGCAAAGCGGAGACUCAAAUCCAGACUUGGGACUCCAGAACCUGAACUUCACUCCCAGCACUGUAAGGUUCCUGGGUUGCCAUCUAAAAUCUUCCUGGAGCCACAGUGGGGCAGGCGGUCCUGCAUUAGCAACUGGAAGCAGAUGCGAGCUGAGAGUUCGGCACCCCCUGGACUGGCUCAUUUCUCCCCUAGUCUAGACAUCAACAUGUUUCCAGUUACUCUCGUAAGCCAUAGUUUGUCCUGGCAGAAGGCCAAUUACUUUCUGAUUUGAGAGACCACUCCCCCUUUCUCUCACCCCUUUAUUCUGUCCCCAUCUCUCCACAUCUGCUUGGUGGUUUGGAAUGCUUGAGCCAGGUAUUCCUAGAGCUUUGCUGAAAUGGCACAGGAAUGUUUUCGGGCUUCAGAAGUAGCUUCAUCUUGUCCUCAUGUAUCAGAGGACAGAAGACCUUCUGAAAGGAAACUCACCUUUUACUUCCCUACAGUCAGCUCUCUUACAACAUACCUCUUCUUCACAGAAUAAGACAAUGUUAGGGUCCAGUCUCUCACACUGAGAUGAGAAAACUGAGGCCCAGAGAUCUCCCCAAACUGAUCUCUUCCUCUGUAACUACACUGUCCAGUCCACGAGCCUCAUGUGGCUGUUUAAAUUUCAGUAGGAUGAGAAAUCUAAUUUCUUCAGGUUCACUGGCCACAUUACAAGUGCUUAACAGCCGCCUCUGGCUGACGGCUACCAUACCCGACAGUGCUCCUGGGUCCUGAAUAGAUCUGUCCGCUUGUCUUUCCUGACUCCUGUGACCCUGGCCUUCAGAGACCCUGCCAACCUCCCAAGUUUUCUCUACAAGGGUGCCAAACCAUGCAGAUCAUCUCCAGAGUGUAAGGGAUCUGACACUCACAAUGAACAGAACACCAGGAGUUUGAAGGUACUGGAUUUCUAGGCAUCUGGGAAUAUCUAGAAAUCCUAAUGGAAAUACAACCACACACACAUGUAUCAGGCACACCUUCAGGCCAGGGCUGCUUUCUCACUUGUUCUACCACAACAGAAGCAUGGAGUGGCCUCCCCACCUCCUGGGGUGGGGGAAGGCGCUGGUGGUCCUGAGCUUUGGCAUCGGGUAGGUCUGAAUUUGUGUCAUUUGGAUCCUGGCUUUGUGAUGUUGGUCCCAUGAGGUAAGCUCUGUUAGCUGCAGACUCCACCUAUUCUAGGAGCUACUCCUAUACUUUAAAAUGGGGAAAGUGGGGGCACCUGGGUGGCUCAGUCAUUAAGUGUCUACCUUCGGCUUAGGUCAUGAUCCCGGGGUCCUGGGAUCGAGCCCGUGUCAGGCUCCCUGCUCAGCGGGAAGCCUCCUUCUCCGUCUCCCACUCCCCCUGCUUGUGUUCCUGCUCUCGCUGUGUCUCUCUGUGAAAGAAAUAAAAUCUUAAAAAGUAAAAUGGGGAAAGUGCUCUGUAUAUACCGCACUGGGUUUAUUUUAAGGACAAAAAGAAUCUCCUCAGCACACAGCCACCACUCAGUAACUGUGGAUGUGGUUCUCCUUUUCCAAGAUUCACUGCUUAACUCCAGAUUGGCUUAGAGGAAUACUGCUUAAGUAAUGGUCCCCAGAGCACCAGCAGCCCCCGCCCUGCAGUAAUGGAUAAAUGCAAAUCAGGGAGGUGCUUAGCCAACCACUUCUGCGGCCCAUGGCAGGAUUAAUAAGCCAGUAAAGCAGCAUGUUCUUUCCUAUGAAUAACUUAGGCUUUUCGUGAGGUUUACUAGCUGGUGGAUCUAUGUGUAUUCUAAUCAUCUAAUAUUCUACUUAAGGUUUUGAGUAAUAGUUUAAUAAUUAGCAACUAACCUCUUUGGAUCCAUACAAGCUCAGCACUCAGCUAAUUCACUUUUUCUACAGUCAGAAAGAAUAUGAAGUAAGACAUGAAGACAGUGAUUACAUCAGCCCAGGCUUUGUGACAACUCGGGAUUUCCAGGGAGUCAAGUGGGGUUAUGAAAUUCUCAAAAUUUAAUUUGAAUCCAUAUUUUUUAAAGGGCGCCUGGCUGGCUCAGUCAGUAGAGCAUGUGACUCUUGAUCUCAGGCUCAUGAGUUAAAGCCCCAUGUUGGGCAUGGAGCCUUCUUAAAAAGGAAAUAAAUACAUAGAAAAUUAAAAAUAUAAAAUGUCAAAUGGUGCUUUGGCGACAGUAAGAAAAAGUCAGGAAGUUCACAAACCCACGAAGGUGUCUGCCCUAAAAGUCUAGAAAGUACUACAUUACUGAAUCAGCUUUCAUAGUAAAUGUUCCAUCACAAAGACCUGUUGAAUUUGGUCACAGUUAUUACAGAGUAAAGGGCUUUUAUUUGUUUGGUCACAUCUUUAUCAUUUAAGAAAUUUUUAAAAAUGAUAUUUAUUUUUAUUUCAACAUGUCAACUGUGCAUUUCCAAAACAGCAGGCUUUUCAAAGGAAUAAAUCAGAACUGUAAACACAAGACACAGUAUAAGUUUUUGACUUCCUAGAGUCAGUUUCACAAAUCCACAUACUGUACAUUCAUAGGUGAGGUUCAGCCUGUCAUCCAUUUCUUUAUUUCUAUAAUUACAUAAGCAUAAUAAAUACAUCUGAUUUUAAAGGUCACUUAAAAUGAGUCAUGAUAAUUUACAGUACAGUACGUUUUCAGUUCAAGUGCAAAAAUAACUAUUUGCUUAAUUCUAUUUCUUUCUGUUAUUAUAUUUUUAAGCUGUGUUUUGUGGCAAAGCUAGACAUCCAAGUAUAGAAUUUCUUCUCCCAGGUGCAGUAUUGGGCAGAAGUAUGGUGUCAUGGAGAAGCCCUCAGUUUACAACUCAUCCUGUCUAAUCAGGGUCAGAGGUAAGGUGAGUUGCUCAUUUUUAACUCUGUUCUUUCCUUUCCUCUCUCCUGUGCUCACUCACAGUCAUUACACAUACCAUAAUUGACCUUCAUUCAGCUAAAGCAGCAUUCCCUUUUCCACAGCCCUCCCCCAAGGCUUCCUCAUAGCCUCAGUUUUUCAUUUUUAGCAGCAGGCUUUAUGCAUGAAUCACUCAGCCACAGUUCUGACUGUAGCUAUGAUAUUUACAGUAGCAAACCCCUAUCUGAUCUGUCCAGUGUCCGACAGUAUCUUCAUGGAAAAGAAUAUACUGAGAUUUGUUUUUUUAGUCAUUGGAAAAUAUAGUUCUCAUCCUUUCCAUUCCUGGCUUCCUAGUCACCACCUUUUCCCCUCACCAAAAACAAAACAAAAACUUACGCAUUGUGUAAUUUUUAAAAAUUGUAUCCCUCUCCCAGGCACUUAAAUCUUAUACUGUUAUUUGUAAAUAGUACUGCUUAAUUAAAGAAACCCCUAGGAAUUCGGUAAUUUUUUUUAAAAUUCCAUCAGCUACUUAUAGCCCAAAUCACUAUAAAAUUGUUAAACAGUGAUCGAGGCUAUUUACAGUAUUGAUUAAUAUUUAGUAAACCCUUGUCUGUCAAGCCAUAGGAUACUGAAUUGGUUGGUUUAUUUGAAAUAUUCCCUCCUCUGGUCUUAAAGCCCAUUUAAAACAAAAGGCGUUUUAAAGCUCAGGUUAGUUUGCAGUAGUCAAUACGGCUUUUGCUGCUCAAAGAAUUGACUAUUUUCAUUAUAUACCAUAUACAUAUAAAAAUAUAUUUGCUAGAGAUAUGCCAAGUUUCUGAUGAAACUUUUUCCUUUUUUUUUUUAAACAAAAGCAUAUAAGCUAGUAACUUCUCUGGCUACUUUUUUAAAUAUGUCAUGUAAUUUUUUAAAUAGUUCUCUUCAAGAGAAACAAAAUUAUAGAUACAUUUUAUCUCUUCCCAGUUUGCGUUAAGAACCACGUAAUUAGAAUAAAUAAUCAGAAGAGGGAAAUUGUGUCAGCAUUCACCUUGAAACACUUCCUUCCCCUCCACUUACUUAGUGUAACUGCUGCUUUCAACCCUUACUGCACUGGCAAAGAAGUCCUACAGUCCUUAACCUAACCAACCGAAGAACUGGAAGUCUUCACCGAACUCCCAUUCCCCUUCUGUGAUUCCAGUGGGAUUAUGGAAAGUUUACCUGUUUCUGCCAGUAUGUACUGUAGCUCCUGUGUAUGUAUGUGUGUUUCCAUGUUGAUGAGUUCAGGUAUUUAGAAGCGUAAAUAGUGCUAUGCUUCUCAAGGUGAGGCAUGUCUUAGGUUCAGGGAGCCUCUCCCUCUGUCCUGGCAGAGGAGCCUGGUUCCAUGCAGGGUGUGAGAUGAGUGGGAGCCCUCAGUGUCCCCCAGUGGCAGGCUGAGCCUGUUGGUCCUCGCUCUCCUCCACACGCUGGUCCACACUGGGGUGAGUGGGGCUGCUCUGCGUCUGAGAUGCUGCUGCUUGAGGGGAUGGCUGGUUUCUAGAUGGGUCAGAGUGAGUCUCACAUGGGACAGGCCGGACUCCACCAGCUAGAGAAUUUUCCCGAUUCUCAUUGGUCCCCUGGAAGGAAAAAAAGAGAAGAUGUUCUGUAGUCAGGGCUGCUUGCAAAUAUAUCCAACAUUUUUCAUAUGCCUUCAAGUAAGAUACAAGAAACAUGGGGAGAUCAUCCUGAAGUAACUUCAGGGAACAAAUAAUAGAGGAAUAAAGAUAGAAUGUCUUACCUUUCAUCUCCUUUCCUAUGUGCAACUGCCAAAGCCGCAUGAAAAACACAAACACUUUAAGCAGAUGUAUCUUGUGGAUAAAGGAACAUCACUACCAAAAUGCCUGGUACUACUAAGAAAACAAUUUACAUCAGCAAAUAUUUACUGAGCCACCACCAUUGUGACAAGUCACUGAGCAAGCAGCAUGGAAUUGAACAGAAUUCAAGAGCUGGAAGCACCCGUCUGACAGAAAGUAAGGAAGGCAUUCUUAGCCUCAGAGAAAAGCCAACAAAAGAAUGUCCUGAAAUUAAGGGUCCUGAUGAAUACUUGGGAUUUAAAGUGUACACUACAAGUUAAGACAGAACAUCUGUGUAAAAAAGGGGAAUGGAAACAAGCACUUAGGUCACCAAUAGUAAGUAACUGUGAGUCCACACAUACUCCAGCAUAUCACCCCCGCCCCCAGUAUGUCUGUAAAAUGCUACAUCGCCAGAGUCCUGAUUGAUACAAAUCAGGAAACAUGUUUUUUUAAAAACAGAUUUUCCUCUGAAUUAGUAUACAUCACUUCAAAUAGCUGACCACCAAAGAAAAAGUUUUAUUUCUGUGAUCAAUUCUAAAAUGUAAAGAAAUCUUAAUAUGAUGACUUCUUAUUUGUAAGAAUAACUAAGCCAUACCAGCCAGUUUUUAUUAAUCCUAACAUGCCAGAAAAAAAAAUGCAAUGAUAAUAUGUAGACCUAAUAGGCUUCCGUGAAAAUGAGGAGGAGUACCCAAAGUAAUGAAAACACUACUAUUCAAGCAGAAGAUCUUAUCCCUUCUUCUGCUUCACCUCGCUGCUUCGCAUCCUUCAUAUGCUCCUUCCACCCCAAGACUCUUUUUUGACUGAGCAGGACAUUCAUGUGAGUUUAUGAUCUUGAUAAAUGAAUAAGAUCAUGCAUAGACCAGGAUGCAUUAUGAGUAUGGGAAGACUCAGAUUUGGUUUAAAUUAUAGAAAUAUUACAUGUUAGUUUACAAAGUCAUGAUAAAUUUAAUUAAGGAAGUUCAAAUUUUCUAAAAAGGAAAUUAUCCAAAUUACUCUUUAUUUUUGUCUUAUGUGUUCUCUGAAGCUACUCUAGAUAUAGAGCUGACAUGACUCAUCAAGUAAAAGGAUAUGAUUAAUAGAAACAGGGAAGUAGACUCAUUACUUUAGCUGAACUAUUCAUAGAAGUCACACUUGAUCGUUUCCAAAGGCAGUAGAUAGCUUUAGUUAACAGUUACCCAUACUGUUUUAUCAACAUGAUCUGACUACUCAGGAGAGACUGUAUCUCUAGGGACGAGAAAAAAACACAAUUUUUCAUGUGAGGCCACCAGCAAAACAACACUCCCACUAAUUUGAGUAUUCCAUUAGACUCAUACAGUGGCUCAGGGUAUUAAUUCAUCAGCUAUUUACUGAAGUCCUAUUAUAUAUAAGGUCCUCACUAGAAUUUCAGAAUAACAGAGAUUAAUAAAUAAUGGUCUCCCGUGGCAAGAACCAUAUAUUCUCACUGGAACUGGUAUCUGUCAACACUGAAAUUUUAAAGAAAAGUACAAUUUCUUGGAUUUAUUUUCUUUCUUUCAAGAAAUAUCUUCUCUGUGAAGCCUUACUGAGCUCCAUAAGGCAGAAUUUUCCCUCUGUAGAACCUUGUAUAUACCUCUAUAAUGCACUUGUCACAGAAUACUGAAAUUAUUUGUCUGCAUGUUUGUUUUGCCCACCAGACCUUCCAUAAAUCUCGUUGAGUGAAUAAUUAACACAGCUGAGCCCACUUAAGGGAGUGCCUUUACCUGCAAAGGCUGUAUCUCAGGAGCACGGUUGUCUCUUGUUAGCUGCAUCAUCUCUUUAAUUUGGUAGAGUGCAUAGACAAAAGUCACCCAGGGAGAGGAGCUGACCCCCCAAGCUGGCUUGUUCACAUCCUCCUGUUCUUCCUGGUGCUUGGUUUUCCUGGGCGGAAGUCUGGGCUCAAUGCGUGGCAUGACAUCCUCUGUCUGUUGCUGUACCAAGUCAAUGGUUGCUAUGGGAACAGGACUAGAGGGAACAGGAAUCCUUUCUGCCAGCAUUGUCUUGUCUGGAGAGAAAAUCAUGUUUAAAUCAUUUUUCAGAGUUUUCUACAUAUUUAAACAAACAUAAAAAUAAAUAAGCAGACAAUCCCAUAAGCCCAUUCUAGUGUACUUGGCCACAUUAGUAAAUUACUGUGUAUCGAGGGCCUCUUGGUGCAAGUACUGAACAACAGAUGUGAUGUUUAUCUUCCAGGAUCUCUUUAUAGGUAUUAAUAGAUAUUAACUUAUAUUUAUUUAUGAAGUGUAUUCUUCAUUACACUUAGAUAUAAUUUAAUCUGUGGGCAUGGGUUAUCGUGAAUGUUGUCUUAGGCCCACUUACAGGACUGAGUUUUUAAAGAUAAGCAUAAAACCAGUAAUAGCUGUUUUUAUUGGCCUUUUACUGAAGGCAUGGACUAACACUCUAUAAUCCAUUUAAGAUUUUUUAAAAAAGUGAGAAAAAAAAGUAUUGGUCUUUCUUUCUGUAUAACUUGUUAGCAUUAAAAUCUGCCUCUGGGGUUUUCUGUAACAAGCUAGUUUUUCCCUAAACAGAAAAAGGUGCUUGAGGCAAAUGCUCCUUAAAGACUAGGACACCAGGGGCACCUGGGUGGCUCAGUCGGUUAAGGUUAAGUGUCUGCCUUCGGUUCAGGUCAUGAUCCCAGGGUUCCUGCAUCAGGCUCCCUGCUCAGCCGGGAGUUUGCUUCUCCCUCUUCCUCUACCCCUUUCCCCUGCUCAUGCGUGCUCUCUCUCUGUCUCUCUCAAAUAAAUAAAUCUUUAAAAAGGAAAAAGAAUAGGACACCAAAGAAGAUGAGCCUUGUUCUGGGACCCAAGAGCUAAGCAAGACUGGUUGGUUUUCUUCAUUAAAAAGAAAAAAGUUGAUUCAACUUGUACAUUAUAUUUGAUAUGACCUCCUUUCUACAUGACAAUUUUAAUGAGGGUCAUGCCUGGUUAAGGGAAAACUUCAAAUUUAAGUUUUUAGAUACUUUUUCCCAAAUGAAUGUAAAAGUAUAACAAUUAAUAACACUCCCUAUCCCUAGGAGUAAAAUUGCUGUAUAGGUUAAAUGUAUGUGAUUUAAAUUUGAAAUCCCUUUAGAGUACCAGAGAAAUUUAAAACCAGUUCUUCCCAUACUACCUUGUACUACAAAACAAAACAAAAACAUGAAAACCCCAAGCUACUUAAAAUGACCAGCAUUCGUUUCAACACAGAAGACAGUUUCUCUCUAGCAGUGGUACACAUAAAUUCAUUGAUACACACCACUCAGAAAAUCUAGCCAGGCAGGUCUGUUACCACCUCUGGGUUUCUGAGGGGUACGUAUAGAAUUCUCCAUGGCUUCAACCUUAGGAACCAGUAAGAGAGAAUGGACAGGCUUACCUUCUUCCUCAUCUGGUACUGCCAGCCACUGGAUCAGGGCAAAAAGCAGGAGGAUCACCAGGCAGGCCAUGCCGAUUCCUCGAAAGGUUGCAGCAGCCCC